CCUAAAUCUGUCAUCUCAAGUCAUGUUGCUGGGUCGGAGCGUUGCAUUGAAACUGGCAUUGCGAGCACAGCAUCGCUACAGUUCCCUUGCCGCGACUGCCUCGGUCGCUGUCUCUGCCUCUGGCUGUGUCGCCACUCCCACGACGACGACUGCUGCUGCCUGUGUUGCCGCUGCUGCUGCUGCUGCUGCCUGUGUUGCCGCUGCUGCUGCUGCUGCUGCUGUGCCUCGGCGUGCGCGGGCAAGUGCUGGCUGCUCGGUGCAAUCGGUCAGGCGAAUGUCUUCGCUGUCGGCACCGGUCCGUUCCGCCGCCGCUGCUGCUGCUCCUGCUGCUGCGACCACCGCCACUGCUGCUGACGCGGCGACCUCCGAGCUAUCCUCGCGCCGGUUUCGAAAUGUCGCGAUCGUCGCUCACGUCGAUCACGGCAAGACGACGCUCGUGGACAAACUGAUCAAGCAAGCCGGCAACAACGUCAGUGCUGAUCGUGUCAUGGAUCAUAAUGCGCUGGAAAAGGAGCGUGGUAUCACCAUCAUGUCCAAGGUGACGCGCGUCGAGUGGAAGGGCCACACUUUCAACAUUGUCGACACUCCUGGCCAUCAGGAUUUCGGAGGCGAAGUCGAGCGUGUCUUGAGCAUGGUCGACACUGUCGUGCUGGUCGUCGACGCGACAGAAGGCCCCAUGUCACAAACCAAGUUUGUGCUCAUGAAGGCCCUCAAGAACAACUUGAAUGCGAUUGUUGUCGUGAACAAGGUGGACCGCGAUUCUGCUCGCUUGCAGGAUGACGAGGUUCAGAAUGAAAUCAUGGAGCUGUUCAUGAUGCUCGACGCCAGCAACACACAACUCGAAUACCCGCUGCUGUACGCUUCGUCGCGAGAGGGCUGGGCCAUCAAAAACCUCUCUGAUUCGCGCGAGCCUGGCAUGACCCCGCUGUUGGACACCAUCUUGGAGGCCGUCGCAUCACCAAAGGUCAACCCUGUCACGGAUCCGUUCACAAUGCUCGUGUCCAACAUCGAGUACGACAAUUUCGUGGGUCGCGUCAUGCGUGGCAAGCUCUACUCGGGCACCGUGCGUGUCGGCGACCGCGUUCAAGUCUUGCAUCCAGAAGCAUCCACCAGCUCUGCGGAGGCGGCUGCACAGGCGGCGGCUGCCACCGUUGCCGAGGAGGGCCGCAUCACCAAGAUCUUCUGCAUGCGCGACGGUCUUGUCCGCCACGACCUGGCCGAGGCCAUUGCGGGAGACAUUGUCUCGGUCGCGGGUCUUCGUGGCAACGUGAACGACACCAUCUGCCACGUUGGCGUCACCGCGGCCAUUCCCGCCCUUCCGCUUGAUCCCCCGACCAUUGCCAUGACCUUUAGCGUGAACGAUUCGCCGCUUGGCGGCCAGGAGGGCAAGUUGCUCACGUCCACCCACAUCCGAGAGCGACUUGUGCGUGAGGCCGAAAACAAUGUUGCGAUCGCCCUUCGCAUCAUGGGAGAGUCUGUGGAGGUGCACGGCCGUGGCGAGCUGCAGCUCGGCAUCCUGAUUGAAACGAUGCGACGCGAAGGCUUUGAGCUGUCCAUCUCGCCCCCGCGCGUGCUCUUCCGCCAGGAGGAGGGCAAGCGCUAUGAGCCUGUCGAGGAUUUGACGAUCGAUGUGGAUUCGGAAUUCUCGGGUAUUGUGAUUGACAAGGUGCAACUGCGCGGUGGCGAAAUGGUCUCUUUCAAGGAUAUCGGCAGCAAGGUGCGACUCAACUUUAUCGCACCCAGCCGCGGUCUGCUCGGCUAUUCAAGCGAGAUCAAGACCGAUACGCGCGGCACUGCUGUUAUGAACUCGAUCUUCCACUCGUACAGACCUUUCAACACCAAGGUGCAGGUCGGCCCACGCAACGGCAAGCUUGUUUCCAUGGCUGGCGGCAAAUGCACCGCGUACGCUUUGAACGAUCUCCAGGAACGUGGAACGAUGUUUAUCUCGCCCGGCGACGUGACGUACGAAGGCCAGGUUGUCGGAGAGAGCUCCCGUGCCCUUGAUCUGGAGGUCAAUCCCACUCGUGCCAAGAAAUCCACCAACGUUCGCUCCAAGGUCAAGGAUGAGAACGUCAUCCUUACACCUCCGCGCGCCUUCUCUCUGGAGGAAAUGAUUUCGUAUGUCAGCGAGGGAGAGGUCAUAGAAGUUACGCCGACGUUGGUUCGCCUGCGCAAAAGCGCUCGAGGCGCCAUCAAGCUUUGAGAAGCCGCUCCUUUUGUUUGAUGAAAUGCUAAAAAAUUUGAAGAAUUGUGUAUUGGAUGUGUGUGUGUGUGUUGAUGAGCGAAAGAAUGAAUGGUACAGAAAACUCCUGUAUGUAAUACAACCGAACCCCCC